CUGUGCAUAUGAAGUACAGGAAGUUCUCUUCUCAAUUACUUUUUGUUCUGCGUACCGGCGGGGAGAAGCAGAUAGCAGCGCUAUGAGGACCUUUUUCACUGAAGGGACUGUGUUCGUUUGCAGUAUAUUGGUGUGUCUGCAAACCGUAAAUGGCUGGACUCCGCCUUCGUUUUGCCGUGGCUAUGUGUGUCCAGAGUACAGGCUUGUGCAUGCAUAUGAGAAUUUUGAGGAGCGCUUCUACAACACCAGCCACUGGGCAAUAACCGAGAUCGAAGACACGGACACUGGGACACUGAUUGCUGCAUAUAAUAAGCUGGAUGCUUACAUCAAUGGAGCGAAUGAAUUAAGUCAGAAGAUUCCACCCGCCAAUCCUGUUGCGGUCACUAUUCUCAAGUCUGACAGCGGGGAGGAGGAUAGAUAUUUUGUUUCUUUAUAUGUACCACCUGACACCUCAUUUCCCAAGCCUACUGAUUCAACCAUCGAGGAGUUCACCAUUCCUGCUGGCACCAUUUUUGUGAGGGUCUUUGGAGGCCGGCCGUCUGUGAGCAACUGGCUUGACAACUUGGAAAAACUAGAGGAAGACUUACAAUCAGCAGAGAAGCAGUACAACCCCCUCAGACAAAUGGCUUUAGACUAUGACAGCCCAUUGAAGUUAUUCUACAGACAUGAUGAGGUCUGGAUCUCAGAGGCCUAAGGCCUCCACUGUCAGCACAUUGUGCUUCCCUCUCCUGAACGCCAGAAAGUCGGUCAUCAUUCUCAUGUUGCAGCUCUUCAUGAGAGCGUUCAGUUGUUUGGCGUGUCACAAGGAUUUCUUUUUAUCAGUUCUUGCUUGACAAGUUUUUUUUUUUCCUGGUAUAGGAUAUUCAGUCUGAUAAUUGUGUUUUUCGAAAAAAAAUCCAUCCAUCUAUUAUUUGUACCCACUUAUCCUGGUCAGUGGGG